UAGAACGUGGCUAUAGCUUACAGUGUGAUGAUUUGAAGUCAAACUUCGGGACUCGUGUGCACUUCACAUUUUGACACACGCCUGUAUACCGUCUUUGAUACGUAGCGGCACCAAUGGUGCGGGUGUCGUCUUCGUUCACAACGAUGUCCCCUCUGCGGUAUGUGGUUCUGAGCUUGGCGGUUUUGGUAGCGCCGUGGUCGAUGUCGGAUGCCGUGGUGCUGGACCGCAAAACGAUGCAACACAUGUUUCAGUGCCCUCCGUGUGACACUAACCUUUGCUCCCUCCCAAUGCAACCCUGCGAACUUGUCCUGGAGCCUGGGAUCUGUGGCUGCUGUCCUGUGUGUGCCCGGCGGGCGGGACAGUCGUGUGGCGUGACGGUGGGGCGUUGUGCCCAGGGCCUCAAAUGCCGCCCUGCCAUUUCGGAUCCUAAUCCUCUGAGCGCCUUGCUGCAAGGUAGAGCUGUGUGCAUUGGUGUGGAAACAUACUCCUAUAUCUAUGAAAAGAAACUGAACGAAAAAUACUGAAGCCUCACCCACGUAUCAUCGAUUUCCCAUCAUCUUCAACACCCAGGGGAACAGACAUGUGGAAAAGUGACUUUUCGAAGUAAGCCGCUAAGCUAGUAGGAAUUACGAAUGGGAUGAGGACCCUUAUUGUCCUAACAGAAGACCAGUCGGCUCGGACAUCUCAAAGGAUCAGAACAAGGGCUUCGUGUGAAACAGGGGGCAGUCGGACGCCUGACCAUGUGCGAUGUUGAGAUACUUACCUGGCUUGAACAGCAGUGCAUCAUACAAAGGAUAUCGUCUUACAAAAACAUCAAGUGUCCUAACAUGUGAUAUCCACUGAUUAUCAAUUGUUCGUCAUGUUUGUUCCCAAGAUAAAUCUCCUUUCUGUUGUAAAUGUUCUUAAAAGUAUUAAACUUAUUCAUUUAA